CGGUUGAGGAGCCGCCUGAGCAGUCCGCUCUGCAGAGCCGCUCGCUAGGAUCCCACAAUUGGCAGCGGUGCGAUGAGGGACGCAAAUGCGUCGCCUGAGCAGGAGCGACGACCGCUAGGAUUGCAGCGAGAGGCUACAAGUGCAGGGUCCGGCGACACGGAGACGACGAAGCCCGCCGAGAUCCGAACUUCUUCAGGCGGGGGGUGUCGGCCAGGGAUUGUCGUGCCGCCGAGAGGGGCAGCAUGCACGGAGACAGAAGGGUGGUCCUCGGGAUUCAACACGGGUAUCGGGAAAGGGGCUGAAUUGCAUGGAAAGGAAGCAGGGGAGGAAAUGGAGGAAGGGAAGGAAGCGCAAGAAGGGGAGGAAGAAGGGGAAGAAGGGGAGGAAGGGGAGGAAGGGGAGGAAGAGGGAGAAACGGAGCUCAUUGAAUUGCUUGAAGGAAGAGAGGAUGCGAAAGGGGACGUGAGUUUUGGAGACGACGAAGGGGAGGACAGUGAGGACGAUGUCGGAUCUGGAGAGUUGUCUGACGAGUUCGGACAAAUGUACGGAGAGCAUCACGAGGAUGAUGUCGACGACGAUGCCACGACAAUGGAGAUGGAGACACAGGUGGUUAGCAGCCUUUCUGUAGAGCAUGAAGAGUAUGAGGUCCAACCACUUAUGUCUGUCGUCGAUUUGCAACACCGGUUCGACGAGGCUUCCGUUGCUAUGAGCCCGUCUAUAGCAAGUCGUCGUAUAAGCAUCGACGAAGUUAUCGACGGUAUCCUCAACGACCAGCACCUGUUCGCGCAUCCGUCCACAACGCCUGACGUCGACGAUGCUGGCAACGUCACAUCUUCCGUGGCAGCUGCCCUCGCUUCCUUGUCGUCGAACUUUCCGGUACUGCCGGCCACCCUCACCGGCGGAGGGGAAGGCGAGGUCAGGAGACGACAACAUGUCACGUCCCCUAAAAAAUCUAGGGUCGACAGUCAAGCUAUCGACGUGCUCGCUUUGGCACCGACGAAGGAGCGGAGAGACAAACCGACUGUAGUCUACUUAGAUGAUAUUCUAGUGUUUAGUAGGACCCUCCAGGAGCAUGAGGGUCAUCUGAGGCAGGUCUUGGAGAAGCUGAGAGAGGCCAACUUCAAGAUCAAUGCAAAGAAGUGUGAAUGGGCAAAGACCCAAGUUUUGUAUUUAGGCCAUGUCUUAGACCGAGACGACAUUAAACCAAAAGAUAGCAAGAUCGCAGCGAUUAGGGAUUGGCCUACGCCCCGCACGUUGACAGAGUUGCGGUCGUUCUUAGGCCUAGCUAACUAUUACAGGAAGUUUGUAAGAAACUUCUCCACCAUCGUUGCACCCCGUCGCAGGUUGCUGAAGAAAGAAAUAAUUUGGAAGUGGGACAAGGACUGCACGUCUUCCAUGAAGAAAUUGAAGCAGGCAUUGAAAGAGUAUCCAGUCCUUAAGAUAGUCGAUCCGUCCUUACCUUUCAUUGUGACUAAUGACGUGAACCAGUAUGGUAUAGGUGUUGUAUUGCAGCGAGAUGAUGGCAGUGGAUAUAGACCCGUGGAGUGCAUGUCUGCUAGGAUGCCUUCGGAAAAGGUAGCGACAUCCACCUACGAAAGGGAACUCUACGCUCCCAUGCAAGCAUUAGAACAGUGAAAGCACUACUUGCUUGAGAGGCACUUCAAAGUCUAUUCAGACCACGAGACGUUAAGGUGGCUAAAAACUCAGUCCAGGAUCACACCUAAGCUUACGAGGUGGGCCGCAGAGUUAGACCAAUAUGAUUUUGAGCUCAAGCCAGUAAAAGGGAAGUACAACGUAGUUGCCGACACUCUGAGUAGGAGAGCUGACUACUUUGGAGCAAUAGUUCAUUAUAUGGAUAUAGGGAGAGACCUGCAAUAGAAAAUUAGAGAGGCGUAUGCAGAGGACCCUAUCUGUAGUGCCCUCCUCAAGAGAGUAAAGGAGCCCCCAGAGU